AUGUCGUCUAAUUAUAUUGCAAUCAAUCAACUAAAUCAAGCAGCAUACAUGGUUGUAAUCGUUGAAACUCCAUUUAAUUUUGCACUAGGAGCAAUAGGUCUAAUUUUCAAUGUUUUGAUUUUUACUCGACCAAGUUUACGAAAUGAACCAUGUUCAUUUUAUUUUUUCUCAUCAACAUGUUUUAGUUUAUUUGUUGUAUUUGUAUCAAUGCCUGUACGUCUUUUGGCAAGUGCUUACAAUAUUGAUACGGCUUAUUAUAAUCGUGGAAUCUGUAAAAUAGAAACUUUUGCUUUCGAUUCAGCACGUACAAUAUCCUGUUGGCUAAUUACUUGUGCAUGUGCAGAUCGAUUUUUUCAUAGUUCAUUAAAUGCAAAUAUUCGUCGGUUAAGUUCAUUAAAAAUAGCAAAAUGGGCAAUAGGAAUAAUAACUGUAAUAAUAACUAUUUUAUAUAGUCAUAUGAUUGUUUAUUAUGAUAUAAUCAAUGUAUCUGAUCGAUUUGGUAAUGUAACACCUACAUGCAAUGGUCCAGUUGGUAUUUAUCGUUCUAUUGUUGCAUUCUGGUAUCUUAUACUUUAUUCACUUUGUCCAUCAUUUUUAAUGCUUUUAUUUGGUUUUCUCACAUUGAAUAAUAUUCGUCGUCAUCGACGAGCAGUUUCAAAUGUUCCUAGAACAAAUCAGAUUCUUCGACGUACAGACAAUCAACUUUUACGUAUGUUAAUUGCUCAAGUGUUUAUGAUUAUUAUAGCUACUCUACCAUUCUCUAUUUAUCAACUCUACACAUCAUUCACGAGUAGUUUUACAAAGAGUACACUACAAAUUGCUCAAGAAAAUUUAGCAGGACGAAUUGCAGGUGUAAUUACAUAUUUUGCUCAUACAACAAGCUUUUAUUUGUAUACACUGACUGGUACAAUUUUUCGUAAAGAAUUUAUCAAAAUUAUUCAACGAUGCCGUCAUCCAGCAAGAAAUAUUGUGCAUUCAUCCCAAAAUAAUACACAUGUAAUACCCAUGGCGCCUAGCAAUCGAGGAAUUACCACUGUUCAAAGUGGUAAUGUACAAAAAUAA